GCGCUGCCGGCUCGUGGUCAUGGCCCUGGAGGUGGGGGGCCGGUGGUCGCAGGAGGCCCUCCAGUUCGUGCGCCUCUUGGCUGACUGCAAAGCCCGGUCCGCGCCAGAGCUACUGCGCGCCUCGGUGAAGGCAGCCUGGAUCCAGCGGUGGACUGGCCUCGCCUCGGUGGCGGCGCAGAGGGCCUUCGCAGCCUCCCUGCUGCACCUGCCCCUGGACGGCCUCGCCUGCGACGGCGACGAGCCAUGGCUGCAGGACGUCCUGGCGGACGCGCGUGGGCGGCCCCCGGCCGGGCGAGAGCCGGGG